AUGCUGCGAGGGCGUCCAGUCACCACCCGCAUUGGCAUCUGCAAGCAAAAGUGCCGUAUGGCAAAAGAGACUGAUCGUAUCGACUUUGCUUUUGGUUUGGUAUGCAGACCUAACGCAAUCAUGGCUGACCAGCUGACCGAGGACCAGAUCGCCGAGUUCAAGGAGGCCUUUUCUCUGUUCGACAAGGACGGCGAUGGCACGAUCACCACCAAGGAGCUUGGUACGGUGAUGCGCUCGCUGGGGCAGAACCCGACCGAGGCGGAGCUGCAGGACAUGGUGAACGAGGUCGACGCCGACGGUAACGGUACCAUCGACUUUCCCGAAUUCCUCACCAUGAUGGCACGCAAGAUGAAGGACACCGACUCGGAAGAAGAGAUCAAGGAGGCCUUCAAGGUGUUUGACAAGGACGGCAACGGAUUCAUCAGCGCAGCUGAACUCCGACACGUGAUGACCAACUUGGGCGAGAAGCUUUCGGACAACGAGGUGGACGAGAUGAUCCGUGAGGCAGACGUCGACGGUGACGGCCAGAUCAACUACGAGGAGUUUGUCAACAUGAUGCUGAGCAAGUAA